GCAGCACGCUCCGAGCAGACAGAGGGGGAGAACUGGAGAGACUGAGAGAGAAAGAGAGGAGAGCAGAAAGUAAGGGAAGUGGAGCAGGGUCCCUUGGAGGGGGGUUGAAGAGGUGAGCGUAGGGUGAAAAGGAAGAGAGGCGAGGGAGAGGGAAAGACAAAAGACGGGGAGAGCGAGAGGGAAAUGGCUUCGGAUGAGAGCGCUGGAGGAGCUCGGAAAGCCACCAAGAGCAAACUAUUUGAGUUCCUCGUCCAUGGAGUGCGACCUGGCAUGCCAUCAGGAGCAAGAAUGCCUCACCAGGGUGCACCAAUGGGACCUCCUGGACCACCAUAUGGAGGAAGCCCCGCUGUCCGGCCUGGACUUACCAAUCAGGCCAUGGAGACCAGCCGCAAACGACCUGCUCCUUCACAGCAGCAGAUCCAACAACAACAACAGCAGCAGCAGGCUGUACAGAAUCGAAACAGGAAUGCCAAGAGGAGGAAGAUGGCUGAUAAAAUCCUUCCACAAAGGAUUCGUGAGCUCGUUCCAGAAUCCCAGGCAUAUAUGGACCUGUUGGCAUUCGAGCGCAAAUUAGACCAGACCAUAAUGCGCAAACGCGUGGACAUCCAAGAGGCACUUAAGAGGCCCAUGAAGCAAAAGCGGAAACUGCGUCUCUACAUUUCUAACACUUUCAACCCUGCCAAGCCUGAUGUAGAGGACUCUGAAGGCAGCAUUGCGUGCUGGGAGCUGCGUGUGGAGGGCAAACUGCUGGAUGAUCCAGGAAAGAUGAAAAGGAAGUUCUCCUCGUUCUUCAAGAGCCUGGUGAUAGAGCUAGACAAAGACCUUUACGGCCCUGAUAACCAUUUGGUAGAGUGGCAUCGUACUCCGACCACCCAGGAGACUGAUGGGUUCCAGGUGAAGAGGCCUGGUGAUGUUAAUGUACGCUGCACUCUGCUGUUAAUGUUGGAUUACCAGCCACCUCAGUUUAAACUGGAUCCACGACUGGCUCGUCUACUGGGCAUUCACACACAGACUCGCUCCAGUAUCAUUCAGGCACUCUGGCAGUAUGUCAAAACCAACAAACUGCAGGAUUCCCAUGAUAAGGAGUACAUCAACUGUGAUAAAUACUUCCAGCAGAUAUUUGACUGUCCGCGUCUGAAGUUCUCCGAAAUUCCACAGCGCCUCACCAAUCUUCUACUGCCCCCCGACCCUAUUGUCAUCAACCACAUCAUUAGUGUUGAUCCUAAUGAUCAGAAAAAGACGGCAUGCUAUGACAUUGAUGUGGAGGUGGAGGAUCCACUUAAAGCUCAAAUGAGCAGCUUCUUGCUCUCCACAGCCAAUCAGCAAGAGAUUGCCUCCCUGGACAACAAGAUCCAUGAAACUAUUGAGUCCAUUAAUCAGCUGAAGAUCCAGAGAGAUUUCAUGCUCAGCUUCUCCAGAGAUCCCAAAGGCUACAUCCAGGACUGGCUCAAAUCCCAGAGCAGAGAUCUCAAACUUAUGACAGAUGUUGUUGGGAACCCAGAGGAGGAAAGGAGGGCAGAGUUUUAUCAUGAGCCUUGGUCUCAGGAGGCUGUCAGCCGUUACUUUUACUGCAAGAUUCAGCAGAGGAGACAGGAGCUGGAGCAAUCCUUGGCCAUGAGGACCACCUAGAACCCAGACUGACCACAUUUAGACACCAUUUGUGAUAACUCUUAGUCUAAGCCACAUGGAGAUCUCUGCAUUUUUUUUUUCCCACAGUGCAUCAGAAUUUGAGUCAUUGUUGUCACUGUGACCUACAAUCUACAGUACCAUACUGGACCAAUCACGCCCUUUUACCCCAAACAGCCCUUGCUCAUGGUGCUGUGUCCUGGAUGACAUAAUUUCACAAUACACCAUUUGGAUUUUUAGUUUUAAAUAUUAUUCAUGUUCACCAGCAUUUUGAACUUCAUUCUAAAGUCUUCAGAGCAGGAUUCAGCCGUAGUCGUGGUUACCUCGAUUGUGAUUCAACCUUCCUUCCUCUCAGUCAUCAAUAUCUGUUACUCACACACAUUUUUCUGUGAUUAACAUACUGUCUUUUGUUUAAGGUAUUGAUGUCUCUCAUCUAGCCCAUCCGUCAUCAAACUUUGCUUUUUUUUUUUUUUUUUUUGUGAGAGAGAGGAAGAGAGGUCAUUUUAUUUUAUCAGUGUUGAAAUGGAGUGUCAGUGGUGCCAAGAUAAUGGGUAUGUCCAUUAUUUUACACUUUUAUUCAGAAGUGUAUUUAUUAAGUACUUUAAGGCAGGCAGCUUUUUAAAGAGCAUAUUUCAUUAUUAACUUAACUGGUGGCUUACAGGGUAUAUGUUAAACUCUGCUGUCCCUACCACAAUAUUCACAUUUAGCUGCAUUAAAGUGAAUAUUGUACACUCACUGAGCACUUUAUUAAGAACAUGAUGGUGGUCUUCUGCUGUUGUAGCCCAUCCACCUCAAGGUUCGACAUGUGGUGCAUUAUGAGAUGCUAUUCUGCUCACUUUUUUGUUAGCGAGUUGUUAUCCGAGUUACCAUAGCUUUUCUGUCAGCUUGAACCACUCUGGCCAUUCUCCGUUCACCUCUCUCAUCAACAAAGCAUUUCCGUCCGCAGAACUGCCGCUCACUGGAUGUUUUUUGUUUUUGGCAGCAUUCUGAGUAAAUUGUAGAGACUGUUGUGCAUGAAAAUCCCAGGAGAUCAACAGUUAUAGAACCAGCCAGUCUGGCACCAACAAUCAUGCCACGUUCAAAAUCACUGAGAUCACAUUUUUCCCCAUUCUGAUGGUUGAUGUGAACAUUAACUGAAGCUCAUGACCCUUAUCUGCAUGAUUUUAUACACUGCAUUGCUGCUACACGAUUGAUUGUCACAUAAGUAGGUGUACAGGUGUUCCUAAUAAAGUGCUCAGUGAGUGUACAUCUGAACAUUGAAGGAUUAAAGGAGGUGGUUUAAAACCAGUAUUUAUGGGGGCCUGGGUAGCUCAGUGAGUAUUGACGCUGACUACCACACCUGGAGUCGCAAGUUCGAAUCCAGGGUGUGCUGAGUGACUCCAGCCAGGCCUCCUAAGCAACCAGUUGGCCCAGUUGCUAGGGAGGGUAGAGGCACAUGUGGUAACCUCCUCGUGGUCACUAUAAUGUGGUUCUCGCUCUCUGUGGGGCGUGUGGUGAGUUAUGCAUGGAUGCCGCGGAGAACAGCGUGAGCUUCCACACGCGCUGUCUCUGCGGUAAUGCGCUCAACAAGUCACGUGAUAAGAUGUGCGGAUUGACGGUCUCAGACACGGAGGCAACUGAGAUUCGUCCUCCACCACCCGGACUGAGGCGAGUCACUACGCCACCAUGAGGACCUAGAGCGCAUUGGGAAUUGGGCAUUCCAAAUUGGGGAGAAAAAAAUAUUUAAAAGCUGUUGAUAUAGUCAUUAGUUCACUUUGAAGGGAUUUUAUAAGUCAGUGUUUUCAAUCUUUCACUUAUUUGAAGAAAUGAUAUGAAGUGGGCCAUCACCGCAUACUAAAUUUAACCUUCAGAAAUAAAACAAUUCAAUAGCCGAUUCAGAACUCAGCUAGAUAAAAGUGAGUAUUAUUAAUAAUUCUUUAAUAAGAUCUUCCUUUAUGCUUCACCAAAAUAUUUUUUACCAUCUUUUUAUAUAAUUUUCUGUCCAUUUCAAUAAUCCAGUUUAAAAUAACAUUGUGUUUUUCACAGCAUCUUUCUUUUAAAAUUUUUUUUUUUUUUUUGCUUUCAUAUUUGAUGUUUUACCAAAGGUCUAAAAUGCAGCAAAAACAGUUUUUAGACUUUGAUUAGAUGUAGAAGGACUUGUAAAAAAAAAAUAGCCUACUGUACAUGUUUUAAAUUCCCAUACAGUAUAUGCCUAUGCAUAACUGAAAAAAAAAAAAAAACACUUUUUAAUAUUGCUCUAUGACAUUUAGGGUCUUUGCACUAAAUCAUGGAUCAUAAAUGAGCACUUUGAACGCACUCUUUUUAAUCAUAUGUCGCUUAAACAAGACAAAUGAAGGAUAAACAAGGGGAAUAAAUGUUGUUACAAUGUGUUAAUGUUGCCAACACUGUACUGCCAGGUGGCAUUAUAGACUUGUUUCAUCAUUGCAGUAUAUUCCUGGAUUCUCAUUGGCUCUGGAUGAACCCUCUGAUGGUUCUUUAGUGUCAGAUGGGUGAUGAAUUGUCCAGGUCAAUUAUUGGGUGUUCUUGCAGUCUUGCCUGUGACUCUCAUACAGCUUCUCAUGGGGAGAGAGGAAUGCUGAUGUCUUUGGGAACGACCUCUAUGUUGUCACUCAGAAUAUUUUUUUAGACCUAUGCAUGCUGCAUGGCACAUUUUUAUACUUUCAUACAAGGACAUGAGAACUCUAUUUGCUGGGGACUUGAGCAGAAAAGCCCUGAUGUUUAGUUUGUGACCCUCAGUGUUUGGGAAAAGACGCAGCCUCUACAUUCAACCCUAACAUGUACAGGCCAUUUUAGGUUAUAUGUUUUUUUUUGUUUGUUUGUUUGUUUUGUCUUUUAAAAAAAACCUUUGCAAUUAAAUAUGUGGAUAAGAGAAGCACACCAAGGAUGUUUACCACAACUGCUAGAGUACCAAGCUGUUUGGCAACAAGAGCACCUCCCAUUGAAUGUCAUGGGUACUACAUGUAUAGUGUCAGCCAUUUUGAACAUUGUGAACUUGAAAUAACAGUUGUAACAAAGUCAUUACAACAUCUGCCUGUGGUAGCUACUGAGCAAGGUUUUCUAAUGUGUAAAGCAAUCUCUUCUCUUGCUCCAAGCCACCAACUGUGCUGUACCUGACCAUCAUGUGGUCAAGUGUUCACUCUCAUGCUUGUUUAGAACCAACUGUCCAUAAAUCAAGUCAGUCACUAAGGCCUUUGUGGCACAGUUAAUGGGAUCUCGCUGCCCUCUUGUGCAUCUUAAAGGGAAAAAUCUUUCCCCCAAACAUUCUGGGGGCACAAAAAGGUUUGCUCAUUCGGAUCACUGUUCAUUCAAUGCCACACAAGUAUUUAUAUAUUUAAUCUCAGAUUAACAGUUCCUGGUUUUAAACCUAUUCGAAACCUUCACUAUAACUAGGUUUCAGUUAUUGUACCAGUUUUCUCCUCGAGUUUGUUCAUAGAAGGCAAACAGACAUCUGAACAAGUUGGUUUUAAUGAUACACUACAAAAUGUAUUUUUUGGUAACACUACAAUAAGGUUCAGUUUGUUAACAUCAGUUAAUGCAUUAGGUAUCAUGAACUAACAAUGAACAAUAAUUAACAGGGACUUAAGUAAAUGUUUUUCAUUUUGGUUUGUUCUGUGCAGAAACUGUUUUUUUUUUUUUUUUUUUUUUUUUUUGUUCGUUCUGGUUCCAGCAUUCCGCUGCUGCUUUCCAGUUGGUAAGCGUUAGAAAUAAAAUAAUUUUUUUUGGCCAGGCAGUGUAUCCAACAAUAAUUCAGUGAAGACUUGGAAACAACUGAGAAACAUACUUUUUACCUCAAUAUUUGUCCUUGCAUCUGGAUUAACCAUGCAGGUAUACAUAGUAAUUCUGGUUGCCUAAAAGUACUUCAGCAUCCCACAGAAGGCCACAUUGUGCUUAUCAUGUUCAAUUAAAAAGAUAGAAGCCUAAUUUUUUGGGCAACAGUAAGUGGUAUAAUUUAAAAAACAUACUGUAAUAAACCAAUUAGACUUUGGUUUCAUAAAAACAUUAACCGGCAGCCAAAAUUUAAAAAUAAAGUUUUCAUUCCAGAACAAUUAAAUGGGACUUCGUUCCCGUUUACGGUUACAUUCUGCAAAGAAAUUUGUUUAUUUUCAAUCCCUUUUUUUUUUUUAACAGCAUUUAUUAAUCUUGGUUAAUGUGCACAGUUGAAUUAUGUAAGUACAAUGAAUUAACUGAUGUAAACAUGUAUAAUACAUAAUACAUUUAAAAAAAAUGUAUUAGUGUUUUCAAAUUAACAUACAAGUCCUAUAAAAUUCAUUGUUAGUCAUUGUUAAUAUUAACUACUGUUAAUACAACCUUAAGUGCUACCAUAUUUUUUGUCACUUUGUACUACAAGUUUGCUGUUUCACCUUGUUCAACUAUUCACCCAGAUUAGUACGAAGCUACAGAAGUACCUGUAAAGGACAGUGAGUUUGUAAAUAAACAAGCGCUUGCCAAAGUUUGUGAAUGGAACACCAUACUGAGUUUAUUCUCAAGAAGUGUAUUUAUGUGUGUAUGUGAAAGCCAAGGAAAAAACUAGAUCAAAUGAAGUUACACUUGGUUUGAUAAUAAGAUUGUGUUAGUUGAGAAUAAAAUAAUAAUUUCUGCUUUUGA